UUACCUCGGCCACUGACGCCAACGUGUGGCGACAAUCGGAGACUCGAAAGUUACCAAAACACCGACUCAACACCGCUACGUCAAAUAUAACCUCAAAUUUCAUUACUGACAGUGGUCAGUAGAAUAGUUUGUAAUUUAAAGAGAGAUUCCAUAAAAACUACCUAAAAUGUAAAUAAACUCGAAGUUUAGAUACUUAUUAAAGUGGGGGAUUGAGGCGUAGCACAGGAAAAUUCAAUUUUAAUUUUCCAAUUACUGUCUCGAAAUGGCUGGGCAACAGCAUCCUUUCCCCACGGGCUUCCCAAAUGCCCAGCAAAACACAAUGCGUAAUCAAUUUGGUGGAGGACAAAUGGUUUCUGGUUUAAUGGGUCCUCAGCAAGGUAUGGUGAGUCCUCAACAGUUUGGAGGCGGAGUAGGAGCAGGAGUGAGUCCAAAUGCAUUAGGCAUGCUAAAUGCUCAGCAAGUUAUGGCUCAACAGCAACCUAUGCAGCAGCAAAUGCAGCAUCAGCAACAAAUGCACUUGCAACAGCAGCAGCAGGCUGCAUUAGCACAACAAAAUAAUCAGGUGGUUGGUACGCCCACCACACCUCAAAUACCAGUUCCUCAGUCUCAGCCUCCUGCUCCAAGGCCGCCCACCAGAGAUUUGAACACAGCCAGUCUAUGUAAACUGGGACAAGAAACAGUGCAGGAGAUUGUUUCCAGAAUGCAGGAGCUCUUUCAAACAUUGAAAGUCAUUCAGCCUCCUAAUGGCACAUCUCAAGGGCAAAAUCUAUCUAAUGAUAAGAAAUUAAAAGUCCAAGAACAACUAAAGACCACAACUGUACUUUUCAAGCGUUUAAGGGUCAUAUAUGAAAAAUGCAAUGAGAAUUGUCAACUUCAAGGCAUGGAGUACACUCAUAUUGAAAGUUUGAUUCCUAUUAAAGAAGAGUGGGAUAUGAAGUCCGAUGAGAAAAAGGCCUCUGAAGCCUACAGACUUGCUUGUGAGGAGCAUAAAGAGGCAAUGGAGCAACUUGUUCUUAAAAACAGACAGCUGAAAGAAAUCAUCGAUCAUCUAAGACGUAUUAUUUCAGAAAUCAAUACAAUGAUGAGUAUGCGUCGCUCUUAACCAGACCAAAUGUAAAUAAAAUUCUUAUUUUAGUUAUAAUACGUUAUGUAAUAAAAUUUUUACACGAUUCUCAUAAAGUUAUUCAAUUGAAAAAA